CGGCAGCGGUGGCAGUAUUUGACGUGGACUCGAACCUGUCAACACACGCUCAGCAAAGUGGGAAAUGUCUUUUUUUUUUUUUAAUGUCCAUCUUUUCUAAUACCUGGUGAGGUUAUUGAAGCGCCUGCGCUUUGGAUUAAAAUGGGCUAUUUUUCAUUCUGUGCCAACAAGCCAAAAAGGGGCUUCCACUCUUUUGGAAUAUGUUUAUUAAUGCGCAGUGGACAUUUUUUGUCUUCAUAUCGUCCUCUUUUUUCUCUUUCCUCGCGUCCAAUACGUGAAGAUGUCAUUUAAUGGCACAACCUGUUCCCUCGCGUUAGGCUUGAAUGAUGGCAAUCUGUUGAGAUGAAAAACGGCACUUUGGGGGAUAUUUACUUGCCUGCGCGCGGCUCCUGCCUGUUGUUCGAGUCUGUGGAGGAACGCGCAACUUUGCCGGGAGCUGGACCGGCAUCUGGACGUGGAAGCGAAGCCGGAUUCGGGGCUGCGGUUGAUUUGAGCGCGUCACGAGGGCCACGCCGUGGGGCCCGGGAGGGGCACCAAAGGAGCGGCCCCCGCAUUGGGCCGAUCUGUGGGGAUCCGGUUAUGGUUUGGGGACGUUGAAGAUGGGGCUGAUGAUGAUGUUGGUGAAUGGCCCAAGCUCCUCAGUGUGUUUACUGAUGUGCGCAAUUGUCUUUUUCCCGUUGUGCUCUUACGCGCACCCGCAGCCCUGUCAGGUUCUAAAGCGCAUCGGCCACACGGUUCGGGUGGGAGUUCUGCAUGUGCAUCCUCGCUUACUCCCCGACACCAACACUUCCGAUAUCUGGAAUACCGCGGGCGGUCCAUCGGAGACCAGAAAUGGGCGAGCGCAUGUGGACAAACAGCUUUCCAAAAGUGCCGAGUUCAGAAGCCUCCGGAGUAGAAGUUCCGCUCCCAUUCCACGAGGUGGGAAUCGGGGUAAAAUCCACGCACGGCAACGGGAAGAGAACCCAUCGUGGGAUGAUCGUUUAUUCGCACCCAGAGAGUCGAUCCUGCUCGCGGUGGAGGCUGUGAACCGAGCCGGGAUUCUUCCCUUUAAUUUGUCACUGGAGCUCGUCAUGGCGGUGGGCUCGGGACUCGGAGAGCUUCCAGCCUUUUCUUUCUCGUCGCCGGGAAGCCCCGAGGAUGAGGACCCGCUGUCCUUUGUGGAGAGCGUGUGUCACACGGUGGUCGUGCAGGGGAUCUCCGCCGUGGUGUCCUUCCCUCGGAACCGUGACGAGUUUGUUAAGUUGGAGUUUGUAUCUCAAGCGCUUCGGGUGCCUGUUGUCAGCGUGCUUCCGAGAGAGUUUAAGCGACAAAGUGAGAAUCAUCUUCAUUUCCAAAUGGCAAUGCGAUCAGCGGAGGCCCCGGCACCUCAUCUCCUCUACUCGCUUUUGAUGAUGAAUGGCUGGUGGGACAUAAGCGUGUUGCUCUGCCAGGAAUGGGACAUAAGUGAAUUUAUUUUCCUCAUCAAAAAUAACACCCGUUUCCACCUGGGCGCACUUGUCAACCUGACAUCUUCAACUUCCGCACUGCCGUCAUCAUCUUUAUCUAACUCAGGAGGCGCAUUAAGUGUCUCAACAGGAAUGGAGUUGUCAUCGACAUUUUCCCAUCAUUUGUCUUCAUCUGCUUCGGCUUCCAACGCUAAAACGGAGCAGCAGCAAGCUCUCAUGCGGCAGUUGGAGGCCCUGAGAGAGCCUUCGACCACAGUCGGAGUGGUGACCUUCGGCUGCGAGAUUCGGGAGGUUCGUCGACUGUGGGCGACGGCCACUCGGAUGACGCUUCCGGAAUUCCACUGGAUCUUAGGGGACGGCCAGAAUGUGGCUGAGUUGAGAACAGAAGGAUUACCCCUUGGACUAUUGGCACACGGGAUCAUGGCGCCACCUUCACUGGAUAAGUACGUCCAAGACUCGUUGGAACUGGUGGCACGGGCUAUCGGAAGUGCAGCCCAAGAGAAUCCCGCCCUGGCGCUCAUUCCCGGAACUACAAAUUGUAUGGAUGUACAGCCGAGAAAUGGAAGCUCAGGGGAAUACUUGACAAGAUUUCUUUCCAACACAUCCUUUGAGGGCCAGAGUGGCUUUAUAUCCAGAGAGCGUCAGAGCCAAAAUGUCAUCUCAGAAGCCCAUCACUACAUCUGGUCCCUCCAGCUGGACCCCCUCGGCCAGCCAACCUGGACGAGACUCGGACGUUGGCGUAGGGGGAAGGUUCUGAUGGACCACGGGGCCUGGACGAGCCGACAGGGUUCCGGAGGGGGAGGCGACUGGCGCAGACCCACCAGGCUGCAUUUACGGGUGGUGACGCUGGUGGAGCACCCGUUUGUGUUCACCCGGGAUGUAGAUGGAGACGGGAUGUGUCCCGCCGGCCAGUUGUGCCUCGACCCGCUCACCAAUGACUCAUCGGUUUUACAGAGUUUUUUCCAAAAUCUUGCAGGACCAAAUGGAUCUGUCCCUACAGAUGCGAAGAAAUGUUGCUAUGGUUACUGCAUUGACUUGCUGGAGAAGCUAGCAGAGGACAUGGGAUUCACCUUUGACCUCUACAUUGUUGGAGAUGGGAAAUACGGAGGCUUUAAGAAUGGACGCUGGACGGGAUUAGUUGGUGACCUGCUUAGCGGUGCUGCUCACCUAGCUGUGACAUCUUUUAGCAUUAAUUCAGCAAGAAGCCAAGUCAUUGACUUCACCUCGCCCUUCUUCUCCACCAGCCUGGGAAUUCUGGUUCGUACCCGUGACACCGCGGCACCUAUCGGAGCCUUCAUGUGGCCUCUCCAUUGGUCAAUGUGGCUCGGGAUCUUUGUCUCGCUCCACGUCACCGCCAUCUUCCUCACCUUAUACGAGUGGCACAGCCCAUUUGGUAUGACGCCAAGGGGACGCAACCGAGACCGUGUCUUUUCCUUCUCCUCGGCUCUGAACGUGUGCUACGCCAUACUUUUUGGGAGAACCGUUGCCAUCAAGCCUCCAAAGUGUUGGACGGGCCGUCUGCUGAUGAACCUGUGGGCCAUUUUUUGUCUCUUCUGCCUGUCCACCUACACUGCUAAUUUGGCGGCGGUCAUGGUUGGUGAGAAGACCUAUGAGCAGCUGUCAGGGAUCCAUGACCCAAAGUUGCACCAUCCCUCUCAGGGAUUCCGAUUCGCUACGGUGAGGGAAAGCAGCGCCGAGGACUACGUCAGAAAGAGUUUUCCCGAGAUGCACGAGUACAUGCGGCGAUACAACGUCCCGGCAACGCCGGACGGCAUACACAAUCUCAAGGCCGAUCCCCAGAAACUGGACGCCUUCAUCAUGGACAAAGCUCUGCUGGACUACGAGGUCUCAAUCGACGCAGACUGCAAGACUCUGACUGUUGGCAAACCGUUUGCGAUAGAAGGAUACGGGAUCGGUCUGCCUCAGAACUCUCCGCUCACCUCCAACUUCUCCGAGCUUGUUAGUCAGUACAAGUCGGACGGAUUCAUGGACAUGCUGCAUGACAAAUGGUACAAGGUGGUGCCGUGCGGGAAACGCAGCUUUGCUGUUACUGAGACCUUACAAAUGGGCAUAAAACAUUUCUCCGGGCUCUUUGUGAUGCUGUGUGUGGGCGUGGCUUUAUCUCUGGUGACCACCAUUGCCGAACACAUCGUGUACAAGCUGGUGAUUCCGAGGGUCAAGGAGCCACGCUUCAAAUAUUGGUUGCAUACCAGUCAGAGAUUACACCGAGCCCUCAACUCCGUCUUCGCCGACGACAAGCUGCAGACUGUCACCAAGCCCGAGAAGAGGUGCAAUGAAGGAAACAACCAGUCGGCGACGUGGAAUCCCGCCGAUUCGUCGCUCUGUAACAGGCGUAGGGUUCUUCCCAACGAGGCGCACAAUGACUUGGAGCGUCCAUCUUCCCCGCCAGCUUCGGCUAUUCCGCUUCACCAUUCUCUUCCUCUAUUGGGCAAACAUCUCCCCGUUGUGACCGCCUCAAACGGGCGCUCCAACCUGUUGGGCCGCUUGUGUUCCCAAGGACUUGGGCGAGGGCAGGGGAGCGCCACACCGGGAAUGACUCCGGGACAGUGUCUGGGUUUGAGUGCGGGGGACUGUGAUCCUGGACUGGGUGUGGGCCACAUUCCACUAGUGCAAGAGCUGUCCGAACUGGAGACUCAAAUCUCCGUCAUCAAACAACAGCUGCAAUCGGCCAUGAGGAGGAAGAGAGAACUGGAAAAGUACCAAUCGGAAAACCCGUUAGCAAACCAGACUCCACCUAGCCAAGCUACGGUGCCGCAGUCCAAUCAGCUCUCACAAUAUCCACAAUCCCACCAACAGACUAACCAACACCAAAACACACUACCAGAAUUCUGAAACAUUUUCCUAAUUUGUCAAGGGCCAACUUCCCUCAUGUGGUGGUCCUAGAAGAACAUGCAGCUAAGGCAUUUACAGACGAACGAUGUUAUGAGGCCCAGGAGGAUUCCAGAACGCUGGACUGAAUCGUUCCAUUUGGUCUGAAUCUAUCCCAAUCGAUCAUUUCUUGACCUGUGGAUUGCAUUUAACGGGGAGUCGUGAACAGUACCGAGCACCAAGUCAGUCCUUCCUCGCUUGUUGCAAUUUGUGGUGAGCUGUGUAAACCAUUUCCCUUCCCUGCCUCUCAUUACCUUCAUUUUCUUUCAUCCCUCCCCUACUGCUUCCUUCUCUCUCUCUGGCGCCUUCCACCUCUAAGCCUCGCCUCUUCAAGGGAGCACAUUUGCUUUGCAGUGGUGAUAAGCCCCAUCCCAGAUAUGAAGACCCAUAGGUAUUUAAGCCUAAUGGGCCAAAUCACCCGAGUCUUAUGUUACAGCUCAGCCAAAGUUGCCAUGACCCGAGCUUGAACCCAGCCCUUAAGUCUUGGUGUCCCUUAGAUCUUAAUGAAACCUGAAUUUGUUUACCAAUGACUUCUUUGGGGUUAUGAAUCUAUUGGUCUCGUUUUCUGGUCAUGAUCUAUUCUGAGUUGUCCAGGUCUUCCUGCUGCAGCACACUUGAUUCCGAAUUUCACCUCAUCAGCAAAUUCUGGAGAAGCUUGAGAACGACCCUGAUCAUUACAAUUAGGUGUGUGAAGAAGGAAAAGUCUCUCUAAGACCAAAAUUGUCUCCCCCUGGCAUUGGAGAUCCGUUUUUUGUUCUGUCUUGCUAAAAAGAAGUUCAAAAAGUAUCAUAACAUGAAACAGUCUAAAUUUUUUAGUGCAUUGUGAACAUCUGACACAAACCACCUCUGACAUAUUUGUUUAACAUUCACAACUGAAGUCAUCUCCCUGUAAUGAAAUCUGUUUCACCUUUGCUGUUCAACGUUUGAGUUCUGUCAUUAAAGACCGACCUCUCUCGUUUGCACUUAUAA